UCAGCGUUGCCGUGUCACAGCAGCACGCUGACAAAGUAGACAAGGACAGCAGCACGGAAAGAGAGGAGAGAUCGGAGAGAGGUCGCAUCACACGGUCGACGGCGAGAUGCUGGCGGUGUUCGAUCAGACGGUGGCCAAGUGCCCGGAGGGCCUCCGCAGCCCGCCGGCGGCCGGAGGAGGAGGCAGCGGCGGCGGCGGCGGCGCGGGGGCGCUGAUGAAGGGCUUCGCCGCUGCCAACGACGGCGCGGUCACCGUCAGCCUGGGAUCCGCCGGUGCCUUGGCCUACUCCUCGGCCAACAAGAACCCCCUCGUCCCCAGGAUGUUUGGUUCUGUGAAUGACAUAUUUUGCCUGUUCCAAGGGCAUGUUGAGAACAUUGGCAACCUGAAGCAGCACUAUGGUCUGAGCAAGACAGCAAAUGAGGUUACCAUCCUGAUAGAGGCCUACAGAACCCUCCGGGACAGGGGCCCUCUCCCUGCCAGCCAAGUCGUGAGAGAUCUCAGCGGAAGGUUCGCUUUCAUCUUGUACGACACCCUGUCGAAAUCCACCUUCGUCGCUGCUGAUGCUGAUGGUAGCAUCCCUUUCUUCUGGGGUGUCGACUCCGAGGACCACCUUGUGUUCUCAGACGACACUGAGCUUCUCAAGGCAGGCUGCGGGAACUCAUUCGCGCCGUUCCCCAAAGGCUGCUUCUACACCACCUCUGGAGGGCUGCAGAGCUUCGAGCACCCGUUGAACGAGCUGAAGGCUGUGCCACGGGUGGACAGCCAGGGCCAGAUGUGCGGCUCCACGUUCAAGGUCGACAGUGAGGCCAAGAAAGACUCAGGGAUCCCACGUGUCGGCAGCGCCGCCGAUUGGUCCAACCACUUCUAAUUCGACUUGCUUCCAUUUUUACCAUUCCCCUGUUGUAAACUGCCAAUCUGAUCCGAUACGGUAUCACCGAGACGAUACAGUGUUUUAUUUUCAAUCACUUCAUGAACUCAUGCUGUUUCAAUAAAUGUAUUGUCUGAUGAGUACUGAUACAGUACUACUUCCAAGUGUACUAAUACUCAAAGACUCUGCUGCCACCUGGUGGCACAGAAUUAUGCUUCUCCUACAUAUGUUUUGAUAAAUAAAGUUUUGUGAAGGCUUCAUUUGGUGCGGUAA